GAAUUCAGUCGAGGGUCAAGUGAGUCGUACCGACGAACGUUACUUGUGGGUUAAUGGAAUGGAUAAUAUCAUUUAUUAUUAUUCAGGUUCGUUUACUUUAUUGCUUAUUGAAAGUUAAUCAUUUGUUUUAAAAUGUAAUUUUUGAUUUAUCAUUAGAUUUCUAUGAAGGUGAAAUAUGUUCAUUAUUGGGUUAGAAUGGUGCAAGAAAGAGAAAAAUAAGAUUUAUUCUUCUUGAUUAGUUUUAUUGAAUAAUAGCUUAUUGUCAUGUUGCAAGAUGUGUUUAUAUUUUAGGUAUAUGUUAGAAGCAACAUCAGGUCAUGUAACUGUUCAAGGAAUAGAUAAUCGAAAAAACAUAUAGAAGAUGUUCGAAAUAUUCUUAGUUGUUGUCCACAAUAUGGUAAAAGAUUUUUGUGAAUAUUUGAUUAUUUAAUGUUUGUCUCAUAGAUAUUCUUUAUGAUGAAUUAUCUAUUAAAGAACAUUUGGAAUUGGUGGAAAAGGUACUUAUGAUGGAAUAAGAGAUGUUGUAUAAAACGUCAAAUGGAAUUUCUACUCCAACUGUGGCUGAGGGUGGGUGUGGGUUUAGGUGUGAGUGUGGGGGUGGGUGUUGGUGUGGGUGUGUGGGUGUGGAUUUAGGUGUGAGUUUAGGUGUGAGUGUGUGUGUGGGUUUAGGUGUGAGUGUGGGUGUGGGUGUGGGUGGGUGUGUGGCCUGGGGAGUGGAUAAAGAGAAGCGCUACACACUCAUAGUCAUACCCCAUAGAGCCACAUCCACACCUACACCCACUCACACCAACCUACAACCACCCACACCCACACACCCACACCCACACCCACACCUCACACCCACACCCACACCUCACACUUACAUCCACACCCACAUCCACACCCACACCCACACCCACACCCACACCCAUACCGACACCCACACCCACACCCACACCCACACCCACACCCUAGAUUUAUUAAUUUCACUUCACUAUUAUUUCCAUUGGUUUUUUUUUUGUUGGACUCGCAGAAGUAUUGCUUUUCGACAGAAUAGAAAUUUUUUACAUAAGUAGUGUUCACGGAUGGUUAAUUAUUGUUUUAUCAUUUUCAAUAACUAAUUAUUUACCAGAAAUCUUUAGAGAUUCAAAGUUUCUAUCGUUAGUCAUCGAUAUAAUCAGUCUUGGCGAUGUUGUUCUACAUGACUUGGAAAGACGUCAGUAGCUAAGUACCAAAAUGGAUGUUUAAUAUGUCGAUUGAUAUAGAUAUAUUCAGAUUAUUAUGAAGGAUUCCAUUAGUUAUAAAAACAGAUAAAUAUCUAUGCAAGUGCUUAAAUAACUAUAGAAAACUUGAAUAGCUAUGGAAAUACAUAAGUAGCUGUGGAAAACUUAAAUAGCUAUAGAAUACUUAAAUAGCUGUAUGUUUUUUUAAAAAGUAUCUCUUUUAAGAAGCUACGCCAGCUACACCCACACCCGCACUCACUACAUCCACAUCCAAAUUCAGUGUUUUUGUAGCGUGCCAACUUUUAAGUAACAAAGCGACUAUUUUUGUAGAACACUUGCUCCAAGUAACACGGUACUGUAUACGAUAUCAUAUCUUUUGCCACUCAACAUCAUAUAUGCUCGACAAUUCAAUUACAGUACGAGAUCGUUUGUGUAUCAACCAGUAUGGCGAUAUGUGGCCCAUUUGCAUAUUAUGCUUUAUACGGCAUUCAUUAGUAUCCGAGACGUAUUUUUUUGCUAUGUGAAUGCCUGAGAGAAGCAGCAAAGAAAAAAGGGAGAUGUACUAUAACUAGUGAAGAAAGAAAAAAAUGGUAAGAAUAACUUUUCGUAUGAUAUGUUUAUUUCUUUCUUCAUUAGUAAUAGUUUUAUCUCCUUUCUUUUUUCCAUUCUCUUCCAUUAACAGCCACUAUAUGAACUGGUAUAUGCGAUGGAUAAAUCUAUUUCUGAUUGCGACAACAUUGGGGAUAUAUGCGACAAAAAAAACCAUUAAGAUUACAUACUUUUCUUUUAUUUGUCGAAUAUUGAUAUAUUACAAUAUUUGAAAAAAAGCUACAGGAGUCUAAUUGCACAGUAUGUUGUAAUUUUUACAUCGUGUUCCAUACUACAAAAUUACGACAAUAAAAAGAUAAAAUAUUCAAAAGAGCACUUCGAACUACCACUACAAUUGAAAACCAAACAUGAACGUUUUUGA